AUGGGAUCUGAAGUUAUUGCCAUUUGCAAUCCCGCUACUAGAGAAGUAAGAUUUCUUCCUGAUGUUCCUCAUGAGGGCGAGGACUUUAUAUGUUCAAUAGGUUUUGAGCGUGAAGAAAACAAGUAUAAAGUUGUUUUGACUAUUGAAACUAACGGAAAGUUAUCUAGAGCAUGGGUUUUCACUUUAGGCAUAGAUAAAUCAUGGAGGGAAAUGAUUAAAUAUGGCGAACAUGAUUAUUAUAUUGCAGGACACAUAUCUGGUAUUUGCAUUAGUGGGAUUAUCUAUCGGAUUAGCCUUGCUCCGGACUAUUGUAUAGUUGCGUUUGAUGUUAAAUCAGAAAUUUUCACAAGUAUCACAAUGUCGAUUGAAUUAUGUCGUAGUUUUAUCGAUUGUGACAAUAUGCUAAUAGAAGUGAAUGGAAAAUUAGGAAUGAUGAAAUAUUCAGAUUAUUUGUUUGGUAACGACAUUUAUCUAUGGGUUUUUGAAGAACACGAAGAAUGGAAACAUGAGAUACUUCAUAUUCCUUUAGAAAGGGAACCUAAUGAGUUUUACUUUGAUCCGUUUAUGAUUCGCAAGUAUGGUGCUGAAGAAAUUGUAUUUGCAAUACACAUAACAUCGAGAAGUCAUGAUGAUGUUUUGGUUUUUUAUAUUUAUGAUAUGAAGAAUAAGAGUUGGAGACAUUUUGAGGUCCAAGAAUUUCCUGGCCAGAUUGAAAGUAUUUGUACCUAUAGUGAAACUCUCUUCUCUCUGGAAAAUAUUGGCAGUGUUCAUCACCAAGUAUAA